AUGCGUCGUUCCUUCAUUUCCUUGGUGGCCCUUUCUGGUAUCGCUUUUGCAAUACCAUCGCCCCGCUCUUCGCAUGUUCUGCACGAGAAGAGGGCAAUGGAACCCACCGACUGGGCUAAGAGUCGUCGUGUCGACCCUGACUGGGUUUUGCCUAUGCGAUUUGGGCUGGUCCAGUCGAACCUGGAUAAGAUAGAAGAUAUGCUCAUGUCGGUAUCUUCGCCGCAUUCGCCUACGUAUGGUCAACACUUUACCCCGGAGCAGAUUCGCGACACAUUCGCACCUAGCCAGGACACUAUCGACUCCGUCACAGAAUGGCUCGUCAGCUCUGGUAUUUCUCGAGACCGACUUCGCCUUUCUCACAACAAAGGAUGGAUACAUCUUGAUGCUACCACAUCCGAGGUCGAGGAUCUCCUCAAAGCCGAGUACCAUGUGUACACGCACACUAGUAGCGGCGUCGAGCAGAUAGGUUGCCACAAUUAUUCAGUACCCGCCCACGUCCAGAAGCAUGUCGAUCUCAUCAAACCUACAAUACAAUUUAACCACCGCAUAGGCGCUAACGCGAUGUCGAAGAGGUUUGGUGGCAUCGGAAAGCCUUCCAUCGGAAAUGGACCUAAGAAAUCUAACAAAGCCGUUACCAUCACCCCAACACUAUCGACCUGUGACAAGAUGAUUACUCUUGAUUGUUUAAGAGCGUUGUACAAUAUCAAUUAUACGCCAGUGGCUACGGAUAAAAAUUCGUUCGGUGUUGUUGAAUUCACUCCCCAGGCGUUCCUUCCAGGAGACCUAGAUUUAUUCUUCAGAAACUUCUCGCCCAGUCUCGUUGGCGUCAGACCUAAAUCUGUCUUAAUCGAUGGAGCCGUCGUUCAGAACACGUCACAGAGUUUUGAUUUCAAUGGAGAAAGUGACUUGGAUCUUCAAUACGCCAUGGGUCUGACAGCACCCCAAGAGGUGACCCUUCUACAGACUGGAGAUCUUUCCCAAGGGGCUGGAUUUGACAAUUGGCUUGAUGCUCUUGACGGAUCAUUCUGCACUUUUGAUGGCGGAGAUGAUCCUGAACAGGAUGGAAUUUACCCAGAUGCCGCCGGAUCCCCUGCUUCAUGUGGAAUCAUAAACCCACCUAAUGUUGUGUCUAUCUCAUAUGGCCAAGACGAAGCAACCGCCUCGGUUCAUUAUGCUACCAGACAGUGCAACGAGUACGCCAAGCUGGGUAUGCUGGGGACUACGGUGGUCUACAGCUCUGGGGACAAUGGUGUUGCUGGAUUCGAUAAUAUAUGUCUGGAUAGCAAUCACAACGAGGGUACUACUGCUAAUAAAGUAUUCAAUCCCGAGUUUCCUGCCUCUUGUCCAUUCGUCACAGCCGUCGGUGCUACCCAAGUUAACCCAGGUGCUAGUGUUAACGAUCCCGAAGGCGCCUGCGAGCAAGUCAUUUUCUCUGGCGGAGGCUUCUCCAACAUCUUCCCGAUGCCUUCGUACCAAGCAAAUGCUGUUAAAGCUUACACCGCGGUGCAUUUGACACCGUCUCCGUUCUUGCCCGGUCAGUUUAAUGAUUCAGGGAAUGCUCGAGCUUUCCCAGAUGUGGCUGCUAACGGUGCCAACUAUGUUAUCGGCAUCGACGGUCAAUUUGGCCUUGUAUUUGGGACAUCCGCAUCAGCACCCGUCUUCGCGUCAAUGAUCACACUUGUCAACGAUGCCCGUCUGGCGCUUAAUAAGAAACCACUUGGAUUCAUCAAUCCUUUGCUAUAUGACCCCAUUUUUGCACCUGCAUUCAACGACAUCACACAGGGCGGCAACCGUGGAUGCGGUACCCCUGGAUUCACCGCCACUCUUGGGUGGGAUCCUGUCACCGGUAAGGAGAAAAUGAAAUUUUAUGAUGAUUAUCCUCUUUCUAAGUCUACUCUCAAGGCGUCGGCACACCCAACUUUGAGAGACUUCUCAGUAUUUUCGGCAAAUCUAUUCCCUGAUUUACUAGUGGGUCUUGGUAACAUAUUCAUUGGCAUUUAA